UUGGCUAGUGUAUGAAAACAAUAAACAACCUCGGCCACAGAAAAAACGCCAGAGGACCUGUCGCUCCGUUUCGACCUGAAUUUGGUACGGGACACACGGAGACGACCAUAGACAAAGACUGUAAAGUCCCAUGAGGAAGUAACGGACUCUCCUGACAAGAUUUUGUGAAAUUUUAGUGUCUCAGGAGAGGAAGUUACGGGUUACCCCCUUCCUUAGCUCUAACGAGCUAGCAACCCGACCCUUUGCUCGUCGUUAUCGGUCCACUUUGUUUUGUUUGUUAUGCAGUUACCGGAGGUCUGUUCUCGUACACGUUCUCCGCCACCUUUUCGCUUCCUUACCCCCACUUCUCUGGCCCUAUGUCUCGGUGGCUCUUCCCCUGGUCGGGCUCAAUAAAGAAACGGGCCUGUCGAUACCUUCUUCAACAUUAUCUCGGGCACUACUUGCAAGAGCGACUGAGUUUGGACCAGCUUACUCUCGACCUGUACAAUGGCAGCGGGGUCCUCAAAGAAAUCAACCUCGAUGUAUGGGCGGUGAACGAGUUGUUGGAGUCCCUCGGGGCUCCGUUGGAGAUUUUGGAAGGCUUUGUCAGCAGCAUCGCCGUGACUAUACCGUGGGCCGCGCUGGUCACAGACCACUGCAUCCUUGAAGUCACCGGUUUACAAAUCACAUGUCGCCCCAAGUACAGAACAGGAGGAGGAUGGGACUCUCAGGGCUGGUCCUCCUGCAUGACAUCCAGCAUGCAGCUGGCCCAGGAGUGCCUGAAGGACCCGCCAGAGGCAUCCGAAGAGCCGCCUGCACCUUUGGAGGGUCUGGAGAUGUUUGCACAAACCAUCGAGACAGUGCUGCGGCGGAUCAAAGUUACCUUCCUGGACACCAUCGUCCGGAUCGAACACCAUCCCCUGGACGCCGAGUCUGGGGUUGCCUUAGAGAUGAACAUCAAACGGCUGGACUACUGUGAUGAGGCAGUGAGGGACUCCAGUCAAACGGUGCCUGUAGACAUCCACCAGCCACCUGCCUUCUUACACAAGAUCCUCCAGCUCAGUGCAGUUCAGCUGUUCUAUGAGAAGAUGGGAGGACCUCGGGAUUUGAUUGCUGAUGAUCCCGUGGAGGAAGAUACGAAAGAGGAGGGAGAUGAUGAGGAGGAGGAGGAGGACGAGGAGGAGGAGGAUGAUGAUGAGGUUGACGAAGGCCCCAGGGCGCCCUUUCACCCCCCCAGCCAGCCUCUGUUGAUUGGCAGCUGCUCUGGCUUCAUGGAGACCACAGUUAAAAUCAAGCAGAAUGACAUGUUGCCUGGACCCAAGCUGGAGUUGGAUGGGAAAGUGGGCUGCCUGCACCUCUUUCUCAGCCCUGACCAGAUCACUGACCUGACCAGCCUGCUCGAGGCCCUCUGCAUUGAGACAGAGUCUGUGGGGGUGUGUGGUGGUCGUAGUCGCCCACUGGGAACUGAGGAUCUACGAGUGAUUGAGGAAGACCUCAACAAACAGCUUAGCACGGAGAACUACGCUCCAGAACUUGAUGAAGAACCGUUCCUCACAGGCCGGGAGAAUGGAGAGAUGUUCUACUCCAUGGGGCCUGGCAUGAGCAGCAGUGUGUUAUCUGCACGUUCAGGCAGUGAGUUCUCAGACAGCGAUAUGGAGUCGUCCACACACAGCCAACAGAGUUUUACGCACCCUCUCUCUCCACAGGGUAUGCUGAACUGUCCCAGACGUUAUCCUGUAGCAGGAUCCUUAUCAUCUCUGCCCCAAUAUAACCGGCCACCAGGUCGAUCCUCAGGUGGCAGCAAAUCGCAGCCCCUGAAGCCAGAUGCUUUGCUCCGCCUGACCUUGGGCGGGGUCACACUGACACUGCUGGAGCAGAACCCGCCCCCUGGGCCAGACGGAGAGCCCUCAUUGGCUGCGGUCUCAGAGGUGUUCUUUAAAGAGUUGGCCUUCUUUAGAGACAGCAUGUUCAGUGAAAGAGACUUCCAUCACCUCAGAGCAGGAUUUAGCAGAGCCUGCCCACACUCACACAUCAGGCUGACGGGAGCAGCCAUGCAGAUAUCGUGUGAGAUGCGGAGUGCUGGGCGACACACACGUGCGGUGACCUCCGACCUGUCCUUCAGCAGACUGGAGCUGCUCGAGUGUCUAUGGGAAAGCACAGGACCUCAGUACACAGAGCUCAUCCAGUUCCAGACGGCAGGCCUGUUCACUGUGGGAGCCACCGCCCGACCCUGUGCUCAGAUCCAUCACAGCCUCUCGGAGAGGAACACGCGCAAGGGAGCGAAACAGCGUGUGUUGCACAGAGAAAGUGUGUUGCGUAUAGAACUUGGGGAACUGACUGCUGAGCUGGAUCUUGACAUCAUCGGCCGCCUGGACUGUAUCAGCCAAUCACUGAGCUCCACUGAUUCCCAUUCACCCACAAAAACGCAGACUCAGUGUAUAGAGCAGCGCUCCUCCCUCUCUCUCCUCUCUCCUCACGCGGUCCUCAAGAUUCGUUUCCCUAUCCCUGACCUCCGACCCCCGGAGGAGCGGAGACCUAUGACCCAGCGGGCGGUGAGGAGCGAGACCCUAAAGCUGGAGGUGUCGCAUCUGGAGAUCCAAACCCAGUCGGGCCUGUCCGAUCUGCCAGCGGACGCACACAAGCACUCGCGCGCCAGAGCGUACGCAGACACACACACGCCGCCCAAUUCAGACUCCCAUACAGACCUCAACCUCAGCACGCUGUUUGAAGCCACCUUCAGUGACCUGCACGGUGUGUAUGAGGGGUGGGAAGGUGGAUCGUUCCCCUGCAUCCGUGUGCAGAAGAGCCCAGACCAGCAGAAUCCUGAUGCCAUCCCCAGGAUCUCUGUGCGUGUGCGGGGCAAUGUCAGCGCUGAGGCUGUAGUGGGUGGGGUUCUCCAGGACCUGGGUUUGGGUUCCAUGUCUCUGGAGAACCCGUGUGAGAUGCACGAGAAGAACAGCUCACCAUUCUCAUCUAACCGCACCAUGUUUGAAACUGAAGAGAUGGUCAUCCCAGCAGAUCCAGAGGAGAUGCGUGUGUUUCAGGAGCAGUGUGUGUCAGAGAGUCAGUGUGUGGUGGACAUCGUACUGCCCACCGCCUACAUCUUGCUGCCCAGCAAAGAGGCCUUCAACAGCGUUUACAACAGGAUAAAUAACGACUUGUUGAUGUGGGAGCCUCCUGUGGCGCCUCCUGCUGACCCAGAGCGGCCGCAGGCCCCCGCAUUCCGCUCCACUCGGGACGACGAGUUCCUGCUCUGCAAAUCAGCUUUCAGACUCGACUCUGACUCUGACGAAGAGGACCAGUUCUACUCCGCCAAAGAAUCAGCCCGUCGGAAGAAGUCCUUGUCCUGCCCUGAGCACACCCUCAGCCUGCUGUGCCUCACUGUGCUAAUAGGCAAGGGGCGUGUCCAGGCCAUGACGGACAGCAAGAACGAAGCCGGCCGCAAGGUGGAACUGAGUCACGGAGAGCUCAUCCUGGAUGUGGAGGGGGGGAAGAUGUUCAGCGUGACGCAGCAUCAGAACACCCCCCAUCUCAACUUCCUAACACUAGAGAGCAGGAGGGUGGAGCUACACCAUAGAGCGGUUGUACCCGACUCCCCCCUCCCUGAGAAGUUGGAGAUGCCCAGGUUCACAGCCCCUGAACAUUUGGACCCUACCAUCUGCCCCACAGAGGUGGGGGUGACUAGCGUUGGUGGCCGGGAGGCUGGUGUGCAGAUGUUGUCCACUGCCAUCAAGAUCACACUGGACCCACAGAGGAAUGUGAAGGAGUUCCUGGUUGCUCUGCGUCUCCAUGGCGCCACAUUACGACAUUACAUGGCACUGACCAAUCACAGCUGGCAUGAGCAGCUGGUGGAUUUCCUGGAUGUGGUGGAUGAUAACAUUUUGGGAUACACAUCCCCUGCUGUGAUCACGGUGCUACACACACACCUCGCCACCUGUGCAGUGGACUACAGGCCCCUGUACCUUCCUCUGCGAGUGCUGUUCACGGCCGAAUCCUUCUCUCUGUCCAGCAACAUCAUUGUGGACACAGCCACUUUCCAUCUCAGGUUCAUCCUGGAUGAUUCUGCUCUGUAUCUCUCGGACAAGUGUGAGAGUGACACCGUGGAUCUGAGGAGAGAUUAUGUCUGUGUGUUGGACAUUGAUCUUUUGGAGUUGGCCAUCACCACCUGGAAAGGCGGCAACUCUGGAAAACUGACCCAGCCCUUGUUUGAACUGCGCUGCUCCAAUAACGUGGUGCACCUCCACACCUGUGCUGACUCGUGCGCCGCCCUGGUCAACCUGCUGCAGUACCUGGUCGGCCAGGGCGACCUGCAUCCCCCGCCCAAACACACGUCCCCCACUGAGAUCGCUGGACAGAAGCUUCCGCUAUCAGAAAGCCCCGCCUCCCUUCCACCAUGCCCCCCUGCCGAGACGGCUGAAAUCAACCAAUACGAUCUAGCCGAUGCCUUGAUUGACACAGAGAGGAGCAGAGACGAGAGGCUGGACUCUGAUUCUCCCACCUCUGUGCCGCGAGCCUCGCCGGUCUCGGUGUACCUGUUCCCGGGGGAGGCCCCUAAGCCGCGUCCGGCGGUGCUGGAGGGGGAUGACCUGGCGCUGGACGGGGAGGUUGCCACGGCAACAGAGGCGCACGCAGACAUGGUGUCUGAUGAAGGCUCCGAGGGGUCCACCGACAAUGAUGACUUCUGCAUUCUGGAGGCUCCAGGCAUGGGCAUCCCGCCCCGUGAUGGCGAGCCUGUGGUGACCGUGUUGCUUCCGGGCCCCAUCCGUGUGAAGGAGGGCUAUUUCUCUCGCCCCCGGGGCAGUUCGGAUCUGCUGCGUGCCCCGUCGCGCUUCCCGGUGCCCCAGACUCGGCUGGUGCUGAAGGAGAUCUCCGGGGUCUGGCACCUGUACGGGGGCAAGGACUUCGGGGGCAAGCCUGCAACACCUCACGCCCACCAACAAACCCAGAGGGGUCGCUCUGCUCCAGCUGGUGCUCGUGGUUCGCCCUCGCGCUCCGUGCCUUCCUCCCGUCCCCAGAACUCCUGGCGCUGGCAAGGAGGCAGCGGCCGCCAACACACACUGCUCAUGGAGAUCCAGCUCACCAAGGUGAGCUUUCAGCACGAGUCGUACGUGGUGACACCCCCCGCAGCGGCCCCAGGUGGGGAGGAGGGGGUGUGUGUGGGCGUCGGGGAGCAGCCGGUGUCUCGGCAGGUGUUCAUAGUGCAGGAGCUGGAGGUGCGAGAUCGCCUGGCCUCCUCCCAGAUCAACAAGUUCCUCUACCUGUACACCAGCGAGAGCAUGCCGCGCAGAGCCCACUCUAACAUGCUGACGGUGAAGGCGCUGCAGUUGUGCCCAGAGUCAGGACUGGGAGGGCCAGAGUGCUGCCUGAGAGUCAGCCUUCUGCCACUGAGACUCAACAUAGACCAGGAUGCCUUGUUCUUCUUAAAAGACUUCUUCAGCAACAUGGCGUCUGGAGUGAACCCCUACCUGCCUGUAGACCUGGCGGCUGAAGUGAAACCUGAAGCUACUCAGAAGCAGCCUGACGACGCAGAGCCUGUUGCUGGGCUGGGCACUGACCUCAGCGUGUCAGUGGAAACGACCUUCAGCGAGCAGAGCUCCUCUUCCGCUGGCUCCUCUACCUCCACUGAGCAGCCAAUCUACUUCCGGGAGUUCCGCUUCACGUCUGAGGUGCCCAUCUGGCUGGACUACCAAGGCAAGCAUGUGGUCAUUGAGCAGGGUACCUUUGCGGGCAUUCUGAUUGGAUUAGCCCAGCUGAAUUGCUCUGAACUGAAGCUAAAGAGACUCUGCUGUCGACAUGGUCUGUUGGGAGUUGAUAAGGUGAUUCAAUACGCUGUGAAUGAGUGGCUGACGGACAUCAGGAAGAACCAGCUGCCGGGAAUUCUGGGAGGUGUAGGCCCCAUGCACUCUGUAGUGCAGUUAUUCCAUGGAGUGAGGGAUCUGUUCUGGAUGCCCAUCGAGCAGUACCGACGGGACGGCCGCAUUAUCCGCGGCCUCCAGAGGGGGGCAGCAUCGUUCGGCACAUCAACUGCUGCAGCAGCCCUGGAGCUCAGCAACCGCCUGGUGCAGGCCAUUCAGGCCACAGCUGAGACUGUUUACGAUAUCCUGUCCCCGACUCCACCCUUGACGCGUUGCAUCACAGAAGGACGACCUGCCCCCAGACCCAGACGAACCCCCCAACCUGCCGACCUCAGGGAGGGCGUGGCCAAAGCCUACGACACUGUCAAAGAGGGUGUGAUUGAUACAGCGCAGACGCUGUGUGUCGUGGCGUCUCGAGGGCACGAGCAGAAAGGCUUGCCUGGGGCAGUGGGCGGAGUCCUGCGGCAGAUCCCGCCCACUGUGGUGCGGCCUCUGAUUGUGGCGUCGGAGGCCACAUCCAACUUGCUCGGCACGCGGAACCAACCGCCGACGCCGCAAGGGACUUCUAAAGCGGCCAUUACAGAGGAAGGGCAGGAGUGA